AUGCUAGAAAAUUUUCCUAGUACUGAUGUCAGAGGCUGGAAAAAGGAACGGAUUGUGCAGGGAUUUUAUGAUGGCAGUAGAAUUAUUGCUGUUGUUGAAGAUGACCCCAAGUAUGCUUUGAGGAAGUUGGAUGAAAUCCAGCAGAUUGUGGAUGACGAAUUGGGAUUUCAAGAAAACCUGUACAAUAUACAGAAAAGAAAAACCUAUUUGUACAUUUCCUGUGACAAACAGAUUGUCGGGUUAUGUGUGACAGAGGAGAUUUCUCAUGGUUACCGUGUUCUCCCAGACAGCCAGACCAGCUCAGAACACUCAGACAGACAGCGCGCCUGGUGCUGCAGCACAGAGAAACAGCCAGCUUGUUGUGGUAUCAACAGGAUCUGGGUGAGCAGAAAACACAGAGGGCAAGGCAUUGCCACCAAGCUCAUUGACUGCAUCAGGCGCAAUUUUACCCUUGGCUAUACCCUGAAUACAGAUGACAUUGCUUUCUCUGACCCCACCCCAGAUGGGAAGUUAUUUGCUACAAAAUAUACUGGCACUAAACAGUUCUUGGUUUACAAGUAUAACAUGUAG